AUGCUUAAGACUAUACUAGGCAUCAGCCCUCCCCGGGUCGAAGUUAACAAGGAGGAUAAUUUCGAAAGAUGGUAUGAGCAGAUCUUGGUAAAAGGUGCAAUGAUCGAUCACUGCAGCCUUCCUGGCUAUUUUAUCCUCAAGCUGGUUGCGUACGGGAUGUGGGAGAAGGUUCGCUUUUGGCUGGACGACCACGUUAAGCCCUUGGAACUACAGAAUGUCUCUUUCCCCAUCCUCCCUUACCUAGGUGAUAGGACCCAGGCGCCUUAUGCUGUGCCUGGAUCCAGCAGUUUCCCGACUUCUGAAUCCGUUAUCUAUCCUUCCUGCAGAGACUGGAUCAAGAGUCAUCGAGACUUGCCACUACGACUGAAUCAGUGGUGCAUCAGAUUUCAACAUGAAGACAGCCCACAGCCACUCCUCCGAAACUGCGAAUAUCUCCUACAAGAGGCCCAUGCAGCAUAUAUGACCAAGGAGAGCGCUCAUCAAGAGGCUGCACAGAUCCUUGAACUUUAUAGUUUACUUUAUCGGGAUCUCCUCGCCAUCCCCGUCAUCAAAGGCUAUAGGAAUGCAGCCUAUCCCCAGGACGAUGGCAUCAAUACUGGCGUAGUUGUAGCAUACCUACCUGCUACAAACCAGUGCAUAGAGGGUGCAAAAUGCCAAGAAUUUGGUCAGACUAUGAGUAAAGCGUACGAUAUCACAGUGACAGACCCUUCAGCAAAGACAGAACCGGCGCCGCUCCUUCAUGUUUGGCAAAACUGCUGGCGUGUUUCUAUUAGAGCCCUCGGUGUGAUGGUGGCCACCCACAGUGACAACCAUGGCCUUGUUUUGCCGCCUCGCAUCGCAGAGGCGCAGGUCGCCAUUAUCACAACACAAACUUCUUCAACUGAUGAACAGCUAAUAUUGGACACAGAGACUGAUAGACUUGUUUUGCGUCUAUCAUCAGCAGGAAUUCGUGUCAAAGUUCAUGACUUAGAAGGAAACUCUUUGGGAUGGAGGCUUAACGAGUGGAUCGUCAGUGGCGUCCCCUUAUUCAUAGAAUUAGGCCCAAAUGAAGUCACCAGUCAAGUCGUGACUAUAAGACAAAGGGACCUACUCUACACUGAGGGAAAAUUUGACGUCGCAAUCCCCGAAUUGCAUAGUGUCAUACCAGCCACAUUAGUCAACAUCCAAGAGGAGCUUUAUCGCAGUGCCCUCGCUAAAUUUCAGGUAGACCAAAGGCGUAUUGCCGACAACUGGGACGAAUUCAUCAAGGGCCUCUACAAGGACAAAUUGGUGUGUCUCGCACCGCACUGUCGACAAAGGAGCUGUGAGCUAUACAUUGAGGGCAUUGGCAGUGGUAGAACAGGCGAGGGGCUUGGUAGUCAUAUCAGGUGCCUUUGCGUUCCCCUGGAGCAACCAGAAGCUACUGAGGAGAGUGCCUCCCCAUGUAUCAAUCCAACUUGCAAGUACAGGGCCCUGAAGUGGGCUAUGUUUGGUUUUGGAGAGCAACAAGGGCAUUCCAUCUUGCGCCGUGCGCUUAGCAGAUAA